AUGCCUUUCUCUUGCCCCUUCUUCAUUAAAAAUAUUUUUUCUUUUAAAGCUAAUAUUCAAGUCUCCAAUGCCCUGCAUGAACCUUCAUCAAUUAAUCCGCCUCAAUCUAACCUCUGGUCUCUCGAACCCGCUACUCCUUCGGCAUCCCCAGAUGAAAAGCAUUCAACUUCUUUACUAACGCAGACUCCUGUCGACUCAGCUUCAGGUAGAACUUCGGGACCGCUUUGCCAGCUUCCUGUACAAAAGACCCAACUAGUUGCUCGUCUUUUGGCUGACCGUUUUCGAUCAGCAGGUAGCUCUGAUGUUAACUUGUUCAGCCCCGCGGAAACGGCAGCUCCAGAUGCGCCUGAUGAAUCGAAGGGUCUCAGUUCUUCUGCAGAUUUCCAGGUGAACUAG